AUGCGAAACGGGAGCAGGAGUCGGCCAUCUUGCCCGUCGAGCCUGUCCCGCCAUUCGAUAAGAUCGCGGCUGGGUGGGACCCGUGGCAGCCGUUUAGAACCCAACGUCCCGGUGACCAGCGGACAAUCCACGUUCCACGUUCUAGAGGCUGCCUGCGGGUCCCGAGGCUCCCCUCCCCGACGCCGGGCGACCAGCCGCUCGCGGGUUCCUGAACCGUUUGGGGGGGAUGUUCAAGGCGAGAGGGGGCAGGCCAGGCCCAAGGGAAUCUACAGAUACGUUCAGAGCAAAUGGGUUGCAAAGGAACUGAACUGGCCCCCUGGAAUUUCAGCGCCGAGCCGAGAGAGUCUCUCCCUCCUCCCUCGGCCCCCGGCCUCACUUCCCGCUCCGCCCCGGAACGGCGGCAGGAAGAGGCGGAUCCGGAUCCGGAUCCCGGAGCCCGGCGCUCGGAGAGAGAAGCCCAACAUGUCCUUCAAACCCGGGGGGAGCCAGUCCGUGAUUAGUGUGAACUCACCAUCGUCCACCCUACCCCCCAAUUCGUUCAGACCCGUCUUCAAUGACUUCGGCCCUCCCUCCAUGGGUUACAUGCAGGGUCUGAAGCCAAGCCAGCCGUCCCAGAGCACCUACUCGGAUCUGCUGUCGGUGAUCGAGGAGAUGGGACGGGAAAUCAGGCCCACCUACGCUGGCAGCAAGAGCGCCAUGGAGCGUCUGAAGAGAGGGAUAAUUCAUGCUCGUGCCCUCGUCCGUGAGUGUUUGGCAGAGACAGAGAGAAACGCUCGUUCCUAGUAUCCCCCCUCCAACUUCUCCUCCUCACCCUUCCUCAUUGUCCGAUCUCCCUCCACCCCUACCCACCCUCCCCC